GUUUAUUUCUAUGGAGUGAAUUUUUAUGUAUGGCCUUUGACAGAAGUGGCAAGUUUCUUUUGCUGUCCAGUGUACAUGCCAACAGUCCGACCGGGAGAUUACUAUGGGAGUGCCUCCAAAAUAAUGGUCAACGCUGACCGAACCACGACAAAAUGGUACAAUGACCUCGUAUCCUUUCCUUUGAAGGAGUUUGUCCGUGGGACCCAAUCUUUUGUUGGAAGGUUGGAAAUAGUGAACAGGUCUAGUGUACUCCGGGUAAAUUUGGAUUACAAUGGCUUGAGAAUGCUUUAUUUUGCAAGGAGAGGAGGGCACCAACCCCACCCCCCAAAAUAAAAACUGCCGAUCGACCUAGGACGACUGAUUAUCGAAAACUUCUCCGAAAGUCAUGGGAUCACCCACGACAAAAUAACGUAGUAGAAACCGAGAGGUUUCGAAAUAAGCUUUCAUUUGAUGUCUAGGAAGUUGUAUGUCUGCAAGUUGUCCGAUUUCGUGAAAGUACCAUGUUUGCUGUAUACUUUCACAGUUGGUACCGGUGGAGUAAUUCUGUGCAGACUUUUUGGGUGAUCACACAGGACAAUCAAUAACGAUAGGGACUGUCCACGACGGCACUGUAGAUCACCCUUCGGGUUCUAUUUUCUUCCUUUUCAUAUCUGUUAUCAGAGAACGUGUUUGAGCAGCAACUGCCUAGCCAUUUGUACACGUUUGUAAUUGCUAUGACCCCUUCGGUGAUGAUACAUCUUGUGAACCGUACCGCCAUUGGGUGAGUCAAACGACGAAAGCGUACAAACUAUUUAUUUCCCCAAGGCUGAAUAUGCUUGUGCUCACUCAGGUCAAGGAUGUGCAUGUUUUGUGCUCUACCAACCAUCACACACUGGGAAAGAGCGACUAUGAGGUAUUCAAAUAGUAACGAGUUUUUUUUCAACGCGGUCCUUGCUAAACGCAACUGAUUUGCAUAAUCUUUUCAGAAUUCCCUUUUGAAGUCAGAAAAGAUGAUAUACCGGGUAUCAACAUAACAAUUUGAAUAGUAAAACACGUCAGCCAUGCAAAACGUACAUGGAUGCCGAACCUAAUUUGCAUGGGCACGUGAUCUUGCGACGUAGCAAAACUGCCGACUGCAUAACAGAUAGUCAGACCAUUUACCAUCUACCUACCGAUCCACAAACUUCGCCCGGCAGACAAUAAGCCAAAUAGACACAGGUCAAAGUCUACAGAUUGUCUGCGACCGGCUUCAGACGUGUCAUAUCGUUGUCUGUGCCCACGCAACAGUGACAUCCCACUGGAAGUGGGUGCGGCUGGGCCCUCGCUCAACUUCUACAGGCGCAGGCUUAGCAGACGGUUGAGUAGGUGUUCAAUUACUGAUCAGCGUCAAGGUUUGCUGUAGUGACUAUACAGCUGUGUUUGUCUACCUGUGGUACACCAUGAAGCUUCUAGAAGUUGCCAUCCUUCUAACCUCCAUUGGAGGCAUCAUGGGGUUGCAGUGUUACACCUGCACCAAUGGAGCUGGUGUAGGUACCGACACCAGUGCCUGCGAUGACCCAUUCAAUACCAGCACCACUGAUCCUAACGUUCUGAAAACCACUUGCACAACUGGGUUCGAUACCUGCGCUAAAGCAACUCUAUCCAGUGGCGGAUCGAAUCUAGUGGCGAGAACGUGUUACUCCAGUCUCACCUGCCCAGCUCAAAAUGGAUGCGCCUCGGGCGACUAUGGCGGCCAAUCCGCCACAGUCUGCUGCUGCAGCGGCAGUCUGUGCAACGGAGUUGGGUCGUUGGCCGCAAACGUCAUCGCUACUGUCGCCAUCAUCUUCAUGGCAAUGUUUCUCGCUCGCUAGGAG